AUGGGCUGCCACCACAGAAUCGCCUACCCUUUCCUCUGUCUACUUCACAUAAUUAUUUUAAUCACAUUGGCGUUGACACUAGUAGGUUGCGGGAGCAUUUACGUCACCUGCCCCUGCGGUGAGUUUGUACAUCGUUUACAUCCACUUGCCUUGUGUGACGUACACUGUGAUUUAAUAAUUUUAGUUAGGACUUCUGCUUUUAUUUGAAAAUAUGAGCAACAUGAUUUUCUACUAACAAGCUUCAAGAUACACCAGUGACAAGGAAUGAAAGACCCAGAAAUAGGUAGGGAAUUGUUGGUUUAGCUUGCAAAUGGAUCAUCCUUAAACUCUUGCUUAAACCGGAGAUUACACGUUUAUUCAAGAAAGGCAACAACCGUCGGUUAAUUUAGAAUGGCAAAUAAAUAAUAAGUGGAUAGUUUGUACACUCUUUCUUCGCGGGCAUUAUCCUUGAAGAGAUGGCUGUUCAUCGCUCUGCUGAACCUUAAAAUCUUAAUCUUAAUAAAACGAAACGGUGGAUUUCCGUUCUAGUGUGGAAUCAGUUCAGUGAGGCUCAAUUUCCACACAGGAAGGGCGUUGUUAAUAGCUGCUGACAGAAGGCUAACUCGUAGCUUUGUGUAUGGUGUGAUUCUUAUGCGAAAAACUACCCUGAGAGAUGUCUCAAAUCGUAUGGCGUGGAGAUUGGAAAAGUGCUUCAAAUAAUAAAGUCAACGUAUAACAGAGCAUGAUGCUAGGAGCUUUACCAAAACGAAUUUUUCCGCUAACAAACUGAACCCUCCUGUCAUCGAACCCGUUUCCGACAGUAUUUGUUAUCUCUUUAGUUUUAUAGGCCAUCUUCUUUAAAACUACCAAAACCACUGACUUCAGCGCCUAUUACCAUCUGCUUUCCUUUUAUAUAUUUUAGGAACCGGAAUUUUUCCAAGUUCUUUUCAAGGAUGCAGUCUAAACCUAAAAGAUAAUGGUACGUUGUAGUCAUUUGAGUAGAUGUUAUUUAUCUCUAUCAGACAGGUAAAGCAACACAUAGGCAAUUAUGAGUGUUAGUUCAUUUCCGCGACAAUAAUAAAGGAAAAAAGACACUUUUUACUUUUAUUUGGCAGACAGUAUAUGCAGUACCGAGAAGACGGAGACCUUAUAAAUACCAAUGGUGUAAUUAUGAAACACAUAUCUCGUGAAUAGCAGCGCUUAAAUGGGAAGAGUAUGUGAACCUCACUCUUUUAAUAGCAUUUGGUUAGUUACGCGGUUUGCUUUACGUCCUCAUUUAUUCCUCAAUUUAACUUUGAGAACAAGUUUGAGAUCUCGAAACGCAAUUCCCACUAAUGGCUUCUGAGAUGGUUGCACACACUAACGGUUCCCUAGGUUUUAAGCAUUAAAAACAUUUUUAAGCAGUUUAAUCUCAUUGCGCACAGAGGCGUUUACCCCACUUGCAGUCCUAUUUAGCGGCUGAUUUCACAUGUUAAAAUCCGAGGUCAAAUCUGAAAUCUGUGCGCACGCCGCAGUUGCACACCCGUGGGGUUUAUUAGAAGUUUUUAAGAAGACGGACUGCCACUGAGUUUUAAUCUCAAGCUUAAAUUCAAGGUAAACAGCGAAAAAGCCUACUAGCCACCACAGUUAAGAACAGAUGAACCUGAUAACUGUAGAGGAUCAGUCUGGACCGCUAAUGCGGCGAUGUUCUAAAUCAAACAGGCGCGCAGGCGAACAUUACAGACACUUUGGUAGCAGACGAUAUCAAGUGGGUUUGGUCAUGUUAAUCUAAGUCAUAUUUGGAAAAGUACCACUCAGGAUUUAAUGGGUCACUUCAAAAGGGUAAAUGAAGUUUUAAGCGAUAUUUUGCAUUUGGCGGUUUCGGCUACGAGGAACUUCCAAUGUCAAAUGAUAUAUCUUAUAGUAAUUCCAGUUUGUGCUUUUACAUUCAGUUAAGUCGCCUAUGAAUCCUUUCGCACAAUUCUUGGGCGCAGGCAUUUCUAGCUGUUUGUAACCUGGCAAGUCAUUUUAUAAAAUUGCAAUAAAAAUAUUGUCUUCAUAGUGAAGCCCUUAUCAGGCCACUACUAAUUCCCAAGUAUUCAACUACCCUUGUGACUUGCCGCUCGAGUCCUUUAUCCUUUUAUGGCGUAUUUCUUAGAGGAAGCAGAUUAAUUACUGGUGGGGCUAGAAAAAAAGGUCUGGGGGUACUGCUAUGGCACUCACUAGCUACACUUUCAAAUAUAUCUGAUAGGUGUGACACAUGCUGAAUAAAGUAUUAAUAAGAGUAUUCAAAAUUUUCUGUUGCCUACCUUGAAGAGACGAACCAGAACUGAGGGCAUGAUGUAAUAGCGUUUCUUUGGGAAAUAUGCUUGUCGGGGCAGUAAAAUCGCAUGAAAUGUCCACUUUUAGACCGGUCUAAUCCUUUCCGGCCGUGAAUUAAAAUUCUUCAAAUGAAAGCAGCUUGUGAUGUUCGUGAAUUGGUGAGUGCAAAAAGUUGGUUGUCUUGGCGUAGUCGCUGAAGACAAUCGUUCGCAAAAGUGUUCUUUAAGAAUUCACGAAAGGGAAAGUUGUAGACAUCACUCAAGUAUAUCAGGAGGGGUUUCCAGGUUCAGCUUCAACGAAACCCCAUUUCUAAUAGAUUUGUCCAGUUCAAGUGAAGGCAAGAGUGUUUAAUUAAAAUAAUAAUGACAAAAACAACAUCUACCUCUGUGUGACACAUCAAUGACCGAAGCUGAUUGCAGUUACGCUGUGGACCACAGUAAUUCGACGCAACACCUCUUUGCACACUAAGCUAGCAUGCGCGGUGGCGGCAGAUGAGUACACGUGUCUGAGUACAAUUUGUACCACCGCUAACUUCGCUGCCGUGAAACCAGGGCUCUCCGCUCAUGUUCAAGUUGGUAGACUCAAUUACCUAAAAUAGUCAUCAAUUCUCAAAGGUUUUGCUUAAUGCAAGACACAUUUUGCACAGAAUCACUAACAGCUGGUUCUCCCGGUGUUCCACCUUGAAGGAACAUUGGCUGCGGAGAGCGAUGAUAACUAUUUGCAAAUGUGCACCAACCAUGCGUAGAUGCUUUCACAGCUGUUUCCCGUGAUAUCCACAGAAAAUCACAAAAAAUUGAAACAAAUAAAAAAAACUACUGAUGGUUUUAUCGAAAAAAACACAUGUCACAUGUCCCGGAUUAGAAAUCUGAAAAUACUAAACUAAGACCCUGCACAUAUGACGCCCGUGAAUUGCAGGCAGAUAUCUUAAGUUCAUCAGUGGUGUUACGGAACGCACCUGGAGCGCGAAUUUGAAGAAAUAAGGGAACGUGUGAAAUACUUUAACAUCUAGUGACUGUUCCCCACCUUUUAUUGACUCGUAAUUUUAGUAAAUGUAGAGGAGGAGAAAAUGCCUGUAGUUAAUUAUCCUUUUCAUUUUCCGUUUAAAUUCUCCUAAGUUUUGUGCCUAUUGCUUUUCAAAAGUAAGAUAUUUUCCAUGAAACAGUUACCAAGGAUGUUUCUGAAUGAGAAUGGCUGUUGGUGGUGGGUGCAGAAAAGUUUUUAUCAUUUAGAAUGUUUUGAUUUGAAUAAGAAACGCCGCUUAAGUGUAGAUCAUUUGAGCGAUGAAAGAAAGACGUUACUUUGUUUCCCAGAGAACUGUGAAGAUCGAAUUCGAAGACAUCUCGGACAAUUUUAGCCUUAGAAGAUACCAUAGUUGAAGCAUGGGUAUUAGCUAGUACCUGCACUGCUGGCAUGUUAUUUCGUAACGCUAAAAUAUACUACUAGCUCCCCGUCGGCAGAUCGUGAAUAUUAUGCGGUUAUCCCGCUCUGGCUGAUAGACUUCGGCCCAAAUAUUCAUGCGUCAAAUUUCAGUCUGCGCCUUUAAACCUUAGUAUAAAGUCACAUACUCCAAGUCAGCCGUUAGUUUUUGAGGAAAUUGAUAAGUAAUGAGCUCUGACAAUUUCCACAGGAAUUUAAUUGAUUUUUAUUUGUUUGGCAUAUCACAGAAGGGAUAGCGACCUUCUUCAACAGAUACAUGAAUCAUCAUACGAUGGUCGUUAUUGAUAGUUCCUAUUAGUGUAGUAAGCUCUUUCGCAGAAAAGGAAUCAUGUUUCUUUAUUUUUGAGGAGAUUAAAUGGGUUUCAAAAACGAUAAGAAGUAGUCAGUUUAAAAGAAGACGGAGGCACGAUCACUGGGACGGUAGAUUUGUUUGCCUGAGCUUUCGAACUCGAACUGGAGUUCAUCAUCAGAGACUGUUUGAGUGCAGCAACUUGUGAACAUUUAUAUCGCUGUCCCUUGCGGGGGGGGGGAGAGUACGCCCGUGGCUAGGUAAGGUUUGUGCCGCCUGGUCCACGAUGGUCCCCCGGCGUGGUGACGCCGUUUGUACUUCGCGACGGCGUGAACUGCGCCACCUGGCUGCGUGGGCGGAGCGCGUGAUAACACGCAGGCAAAUCGAUGUGUCUGUUGAUAGAGGUGGUGUCCGACACCCACGCCUCCAACAGUUCUCGCCCUGUCUUGUUGCCGGCUCGUGCCAAUAUCCGCGUGUUGGCGAAGUCGAACUCAUGGCCUUCCUCCAGCGUGUGAGUGGCGACUUGAGAUAGUGGGUCUCUUUUCGAACGGUCUGUCUGUGCUCAAGUAUUCGUGAGCUGAGACGUCGUCCUGUUUGGCGUGUGUAGUGGCAAGGACAGUUUUGGCACGGGCUUUGAUAGACUACGUCCGACUGUUCACCUGCGUCCAGCCGAUCCUUCAUUUUCAUGAUCCUGCUACGCAUGGUGGCCGCUGGAUGAUGAGCGAUGCCCACGCCUAGCUCUGACGCAAUGCAUUCUGUAGCCUCGGACACAUUCUUUAUGUGCGGUAGGGAGUGCCAAAUUGUUGGUGUCUCUCUUCCUUUUGUCCGUCGUGGUUGCGUGCGUAUGCAGCGACUGAUAAAACUAUUUGGGUAGCCGUUCUUUGUUAAUUGGUCCCGGAGAUGCCGUAGUUCUUGCAUCCUUCCUUCGGACUCACUAAAGUGCGUUUUUACACGAUCGAAAAGCGCCCUCACACAGCCCCGUUUGUGCACCAAUGGGUGAUUGCUAUGAUAGUUAAGGACCUGGGUUGUAUUGGUCGCCUUUCUGUACACUGUAAUGUUGAGUUCACCGUCAGGUGUGCGCGUGACGAGCACGUCCAGGAAGGGUGGUUUCUCGUCCUCCUCGUCUUCUCUUGUAAACUGAAUGUCGGGGAAUAUGGUGUUAAGUAAGUCUUCAAAACCCGAUAGCUUGUCCUUUUCAAUAAUGACGCAUGUAUCGUCCAAGUAUCGGCGCCAAAACGCAGGUUUAUAGUGACUGAAAGCAACCUUUUCCUGCUCUUGUAGGACCAAUUCCGCAACUAGGUUGGACAUUGGGGAACCCUUGGGUGUUCUUUUGAUUUGUUCGUAUGUUCUGCAAAGGAAGGUGAAAAAGGUUCGUUGGCAGAAUGCAAAGAGCUGCAUUAGGUGCUGGAUCCUUAGCGGCCCUGUCGUUUCGUCGUACUUUUCUUCGAGGCGUUUGCGUAGCACGUCGUGCGCCAAGUCUGGUGGGAUGGACGUGAAAAGUGAGACGGCGUCGAAGGAUACCAUGAUUUGGUCGGGUCGAGUAGUUUUUCCCCUAAUGUCGGCAAGGAAUUGGGAGGCCGAAUUGACGGACGCCACAGAGCCCUCUCGGAGAAAAUUGAGCUUUCAGGAAAUCCAUUUGACUAAAUUGUAUGUGGGGCUGUCUUUCAGAGCAACGAUUGACCGCAGAGGAACGUUGGGUUUGUGGAUUUUUGGUAGUCCAUAGAAACAAUAAAAGUAGCUGACAUAAGUCGACUGUAACUUUACCCCAUUUCUCUGUCUCUGCUAUCCCUAAACGUUGAAUAUAACUCCUGGUUUUUCACGUUCCAUAGUCUUACUUAGCGGGAGAGAAUGCGGGCCUAUAUGUCCCCCAAACAAACUGACUUUUAAUACAAACAUAAAAACGAACUAAUGAAACAAAUAAUUAACGCUUGCUUCUAAACUUUCUUUGAAUAAGCAAACGGACUUGAGAAUAGCUCAAAAUGUGGUGAAUAUCUACCGCCUAAUACCGCACCUCUUCGCGUUUUAAAUAGGCAAGAUUCAUUUACUACCGUUCGGGUUAUAUUUUGCACGAUAGACCACAUUAUCAUUGCAUUUAAUUUGCAUAAUUGGCUUCUUAGUCUAGAUAAUAAAGCAAUUUGCUUAAAAACGUCAUUGAACCUACACUAUAUUUUAUAAGUAGUUCGAUAAAGAACUAAAAUGUAAGUAUACCAUACUCUGAUUUUACUGCAAUACGUUAUUUAUAAGGUCACAUUUUUCCAUUUAUUAAAAUAAGGGUGAGAUUACAGCACUCCAUCUUGCUCGCGGUGCUUUGCGUUUUAUGUACAGAAAUCUGUGGGUUCUUAUUUCAGUAUGACUUCAAACAGAUUUGGCCUUCUACACCUUAGUACUGAAAGAUGAGUUUUUUUGUCCUUACUGCUGACGAGAAGGUAUAAUGCCAUGUAAUUUUAUUUGCAGUUGUGUCUUCUAGCUAAAAUACUAGCUCCUUUUAAAUAAAUCAACAAUUGCUCAUGUCUCCUGCUUCGUUUCCUGACAUGUCGGGCAGUCGCCUCACGGAAUAUUUAAAGCUGCAAAUGAGAGUAUAUUUGCUGUCAUUCAGUAUGUUCAUGUUUUUAAAUCGCCGUUGUACAAUACUCCAGUAGAAAAACUUCUUGGAAUUUAUAAAUUUCAGGCAUCUUUUAAACUGUAGUCCCACAGUGUGAGCCGUUAAAGCUCAGACCUAUAGACAAGUUGAAACCAACUUGCCUAUGAAAGUUAAUUAGGUUUUUUUGUCACUUCUCAGGAAAGCUGUCGGUUGAUUUUGACGGAUAUGUUUCACAAACUUUCAACUGAAUCGGCCUUCACGCAGUGAUACUAGAACGUGAUAUGCGAUGCAUCAGAACGCCAACACCCUGCCAUUCUUUGGUGACAAGUAAAGCUGCAUGGAACACAUAUGAAAAUCUGUCGAUGUAAAAUUUAAAAAUUUGCAGCAGUUUGCCCCCGGUACGAAGCUGAAGUAGGCAAGAAGGGCAAGAUUUAUUGGCACCAAAAAAUUUCGUGACGGCUCUUCAGCUGCGUCCUGUCGCUUCACAAAUUUGGUACCGUGUUAGAUUGGUAUUCACGAACUUCACGCAAGAAGAAAAUGACUUUUAUUAGCGCUAUAUUCCAAGGUCGUAAUUCCUCAAUUGUCGCGGAUAUACGACAUCUGAACAUACCUUCAUUUCUUAAAGGAGACUUCUGUAUUCUCAUAAAUUUUUGCAAUUUUUCAGGAAAAGAUUUUCAAAAAUAAAUUUGAAUAUGACCAGUUUUGCAAAUCAUGUCUGACUUUAACUGACUGCGGAGAAGUAUACUAAAACGUAGACGAGUAUUGGCCACUAGAGGAACCCAUGUCAUAUCUAUCCGAAUGCUUACAACGUUUCAUGCCCGCCUUUAACACAGUACAUAAGGAAACAUUCAAAUUAGUCACCCCUGUCAAUCUUACGUUCUUAUACGUACUCAAAUCCGAAACAGCUACAUCCAUAAAAGUACGUUAUGGGCAGGUGGAAAGGUGCAUUUUGCCACCUGUCAGGUGGUAUAUGAGUAAGGGUAGAAUUCAGUGCUUGCAUCUUUUCCUAUUUAGGCAAGAUAUCAGCGGGAAAAAUAGUUUUCCUCCUCGGUGUGGUUCUCAGUGUUGUCGCUUUUGUGCUUAUACUCUUGAACAUAUGCAAAUGCAGGUCAAUCAAGAAGUGGAAGAAGCCUAUCAAAAAGCGCUUCAGGUGGAUCUUCAUUGUUCUUCUUUUAAUGGGUAAGCUACGUUUACCUGUUUUUUGAGAAUGCUUAAAAAUACUGAAUCGAUCCCCUGAAAUGCGUUUUACACUUAAAUGAAUUGUAGCUGUUGGAAUUUAAUCAUCAUCAUGCAGGAGUGGAAAGGAGACGGCAUGCCAGUCAGUAACAGAAGGCAGGAAACUCUACGAGCUAAAAUGUCUUACGAAACAUUACUUGAACAGCAGACGUCGACUGUCUGAAGAAGUCGAGAGAUGUCAGAUCAUGUUUUUAAAAACAAUCAUGACACUAAGGGUUACCACCUAGAUUAUUUUCCGAACGUUUAUACUGAAUUUAGACUGGCUGAACGAGAAAUUUCAUUACAUACUGUUCUGUGAGAGUCCUUAAAAGCAACAGGAAGUGAAUACGCAAAAGACACCUCCGUUAAAUAAAUAAACGACGAUUUUUAACAGAAAUCCCGAUAGCGAAUGUCAUUACAUGCACCGCAUGGGCCAAGAAGUCCUGCAGCAAUGACCAAAAUCAAGUUAUGUGGUUUACUUUACAAAAAACGAAAAGUCGAGAACUUCGGGUUGGUAUUUGGAGAUAAAAGAAAAGCUUACCGAAACAGAUUUACUAGCGUGUUGACUUUUUUGAGAGCUUCGUCACCUCACCAAUGGAAUUGGUUUGCCGUGUUAGUCGGGCUGAGGCUGACCAAUAUUUUCCUCAUGUUACCAGGGUCACCUGAAGGAGGCUUGGCGGACUUGUCAGCUGCGUGAGUUAUAAAUCCUGGCUUCGGUGGGGGUAUUUGAGUCUGCGGUAGGCCAUCGGCCUGAUGACUCUUUGUCUCUGCCGUCCGGUGAGUUUAACGUCGGGUUGUGUCCAUGCGGUUUUCUCAGGUUUCCGUGACCGUUUUGUCCCGGUGUUUGUGUACGCAGUGAAGGAGGACUUUAUAAGUUAGAGGAUAGCCGAGAUUCCUAUUGACUGAGGUGGCAUCUGAUCACCACGAUCCUAGUGCUAUUCGCUCUGUCCUUGAAUUUUUUUGGCCUAAGCUGGCCGUGCGUUGAGGUCGAAAAUAUUGCCAGAUCUUUCAAUAUUCGUUGCAGGCUUGGAUUUCGGGUCUUACCUCUGAGUUGCUAAUUAAUGCUCGUGUAGGUAAUUCUCUAAUCGACAUCCGGUUUCCUCAAUGUAGUUCUAUUCCCCAUCAUUAUAGCUUAUUUUGUAAACAACCGUCGAAGUUUGGGCGAAUAGAGGCGUGUCCUUAGUUUGCAUCAAACGCUGACGGAUCGCUGUCCGGAGAUGUUGAACUGCUUCUACUCUGGCGAGUUGUAGCAAUCGAGAAGUCGCCUCAGGGCCUCCCUUACUGUAGGGAAUGGUUCUCCAAUGUUCGAAUUGUUGCUCCUUUGGCCGGCAUUCGUUCGCUCGACGUCUGAUUCUCUCAACAAAAUAACUAAGAUAUCCAUUGGCUACGAACAGGUUCUGGAAGUAUAGUCGUUCAGCUCUAUUGUCUACUGGUGUGUAGCACGGUUUUGAUUCUUUUAAAGAAGGUAGACACCGACCUUCUUUCUCAUAUUAGUAAACGUUUCAAAACUACACAAGAUGAGAUAUUAUUAAAAAUCCAUUUUACACUGCCCUUUGAGUUUGCAUCUUCUUCGUCACUUGUAUAGGUUACGCAUUCAGGAAAAACUGCGUACUUAUUGCCAGCGUGCCUUAUUAAAUUGUUAGAUCUGCAAAAAAGCAACGGUAUUUUCUAGAAAAUGACAUCCUCUCUAUUUUUUUGCCUUAAGCGAGGGUUUCUCCUUUCUGUAGUACUUCGAAAUAUAAGUCGGUUAUGGGGGUCGGUAUUAUUCUUGACUCAUUACCACAGAUAAUAAUGAAGUCGAUCGUGAGGCAUGCAGCACAGAUGAUAGCAUUGUCAAUAUUUCGUGUAAAUCCGGAGGUCUCUCUAUAUUCAAACGCAAACAUGUACGGAGUCGGUUUGUUCCAACCCACGUCUUUGUGUCAAAAUCCUUAUGGAAAAAUGAAAGUAAGAACCCUGUUCCGAAAUGUACUAGAAAUAAUGUACAUAUUUUAGUCUUCAACAAUCGUUCUUGCAAGCGCAUUUUUCGAAAGCUCCUGACUACUUGAAAAUGAGUCACAAAGGUAAUUUCGUACUAUUUUGGGAGCCUGUAAUGAGCUACACCAACACUGAAAAUGUAUCAGGGUAGUACAAAUCAACGAAUGCUGAUUUCUUCCUACUGCUAUUUUUACAGGUGUUUAGUGCUUUGUUAGAAGUCAAUAUUCUGUAGCGGAAAAUUCUCCAACAUUUUUGCCGAACGUAGUCUUUGUACAUUUACCUGCUUGGCGGCACAACAAUAAAUAGAAGAUAAUAUUUAAUAGAUAAGCUGCCUACUGUAUGCUUGAUUUAAAUACAGUUUUCAAUGAACUAUGGAAACAACUUUUACAUUGCAUGCGCACAAAAGCGCACAGCCACCGAAAUUCGAGGAUGUACAUGCCUUAUCUUUGUCACGCUUAAGUCGGUAAGUUUUAAAGAAAAAUAGGCAAAAAAUACAGAAUCAUCCGAAAUGCUGCCAGCUGGGCAAAUUAGGAUGAAUAAAUUUGUAAUUAAAGGCAUUGCAUCCAUAAGGACUGGUCAUUACUAUAUAUAUCGUAAUGUUUCGACGUAGAUAACUGAGAAAGAAAGCGCCAAUUUUAGUCGCUUUCGUUAACAAGUCAUGACUGAAUCAUACGCCAAAAGAAACGGGCUUCGGAACUCGGCACAAGUGUCCCAAGUCCAACUCUCUGGCACCGGUAAACAUCGAGGGGGGUCUUUGCGUUGUUGGCUGCCUGCCAUCAUGCUGAGUAUUGCAAGGGCUCUGGAUCACAAUAUCCGUACCUGUGAUCCCCACUCUCACGCUUAUCAACCUGUUGCUGCCUACAGCCGACGAAAUUGACGCAUGUCACAGUAUUAAAAAUUAAAUAUUUAAAGUUGCUACAUCACAUUCAUUCAUAGUGUGGGGAUUCGACUGGGUGUCGUUUGCAGCAGAAUCUGUGCUUACUGUUCUGGUGCUCUUGUAAAGUCGCCAACUAGCACGUGUUUUAUCCUUCGGAUUAACAUUCUAGUAAAUGUGUAACAAGGUGUGUGGGAAACACGAAAAGCGGGCACUCUUGAUACAUAAAAACGAAUACGGUUUGUUGCAAAUUACAUGCCUUGAAUGUAAUGCAUUGAGCUAAGUCUCAGCGAGUUUCGGCAACUGUUUCGUUUAGAACAAACAAUGUUUCAGACAAGGCCAGCUUUCAAUAUUAUUUUACAGGCUAUGCUAUGAAUAACAACUCGAAUGCUCCUUCAAGUUCCCUGACAAAGCAAGAACAAAAUAAUUCUGUCUUGAACAUUUAUGCCAAAUUACCAAAGUCGAAUAUUCGGCCGUACAAAUAGCGCGAUAUUUAUGAGCAGGGGUAUGCAGGUUCCAUACAUCUAAAACACUUUUCAACUUGAGAAUCCAAAAAGAGUUGGUUUGAGGAGGUACAAACACUGGGUGUGGUUGCCAGGUAUAUUUUUCUGAGCAGUGGGACAUUGUGUUAAAAAUAUGCCACAUCAACGCCUGCAGACAUCAAGCAGUUACUUCACAAUUGCAUCACUAUUUGAUUACUUCAAAAAAACUUGUGCAAAACUUCUUUCUUCUUGGUGUUUUUUUAACCCAAAUUCCAUUCUCAGACGAGGAAAGCUCGCGACGUUGACAUGUAGGGUUCACGUUAUAAAGAAAAGCUCUAAUGCUCCUCCACACUCCCCAACAAUAAAAAUGCUAUGUUUGUGUCGAGGCUUUAUGCAAAUACGCCAAAUUUGAGUAUUUAGUCAUGCAAAUUGCAUGCCACUUAUGGGCGGGGACAAAAAGGAUCCAACACGUUGAAACAAUGUCUGCAGUUAGAAACACAACAUUCUGAAAACAAGGAGGCAUAAAAUGCUGGUGUAGUUUCGAGGUUUAAUCUUCCACUCUAGACAGUUUAAAUGUUUGAUGCCAAUUCGGUAACUGUAGACAUCAAGUACUAGCUUCAUAAGUUUCGAAAAGAAACUUUUGCACGACUUCUUUAGUGUUUUGAUCCAAUCUAGAUGUAAGCAAAAUGUUGAAGUUGGAUACAUGCUGAACACGUAUAAGAUUGAGUGCUUUGUUUUUUAAGUCAACACACUAUUGCACCUGCAUUUCAUAUGGGUUAAUUCUUCAAACCGGUUUAUUUUAGCCGUCGCACUUAUCGCAUCAUUUGUACUACUGAAGCAAUUCGUAAGUCUUUGAAUUUCAACUUAAUCAAUGAAAUUUUAAGUCGUCAUUCUAAAAAUAAAGACCACCUACUCAAUCAAAACUAUUGUAUCUUGUUACUCAUUAGCAGUUCUUAACAAGUAUCCCACAGAUCAGAGGAAUUUUACUGCUUGGGUUAGCAGUUGCAUCGCCUGUUAGGUGUUACGUGAAUUCUACAGGAAAGCUGCAAGACUCUUCAGUGAGCAGGUCUAGAGGAAUAACUUAUCCUUCCGGCAAUCGUGUGUUCCACUGAUGAAUUGCUGAUGGUUUUCGUAAGGCCGUAUUAGAAUGAAAAUUGUGCGGAGGUAAAGCAAUCAAACAUUACCUAUUUUAAAAAGUGCGGUCAUCAAUAAAUGUCUUUCAAACUGAAUGAAUACCCUUGCAGUAAAACAAGGCAAAACAAACAUGCUAGUUGAGUUUGAAUGAAAAUCGCAGAAAGAUCGUAAAUUUCAGAAAGUGACAUGGAAACAUACGUAAUAUUGCCACACGUCAACGUGGCGGAACACCUUUCGAAAUUCUAAUCACUCGUGUUUUGGGGUACACCUCUGUUAGAAUGACGUUUACGUGGUAUUUAUGUAAGUUUAUUUUUGACGUUCCAAAUGUGAUGCAAAAUUAAACCUGUCACUGAAAUAUGUAAAUUUACAGCGACGAAUCAAAAUGUCUGUUACACUGUUAUGCGCGACAUGUGAAAUCCCAAUGCGGAAUUAUAAGGACAGAGGUCGAUGCAUGCAGGGUUAUUCUUCCAAAAAAUUAUAAAAUGUAAUCAUCUAAAUUACAGUUUAGGCGGAAAGGUAAUUGAUUACAUGAUGUCUGUUUCAGUGAACAAGUGUUUCAGAGGCAAUUUUUGAAAAGAUCUCACUAUCUUCUGACAAUGAUCCGAACCACUCUCUGUUGCAGAAUACAGCCACAAAGAAUUCUAAUCUUAUGAAGAUUCUGCCCAUUCUCACAACAGUCAUCGCGGUUGUCGAAAUAGUUCUUGUACUCUGCAUGCUUUGCUGCAAACCUGCCAAGAAAAAGGAAAAAGGAGAUGACGAUGACGACGGCGGCGGCGGCGGCGGCGGCGACGACGACGAUAAGGACAACGGGCACAACCGCAAUGACAAGAAGACAGGCGGCAAGAGUGCUGGUGGAGCAGGGAACGGUGGCGGCAACAACAUAAUCCACGUUUUCCUUAAUAUUCCAGGACUAGGUGGUGACGAUGGAAAGCAAUAUAACCCAUUUAGGAUGCUGCAUAGUACGACACCGUCGAACGUGUACGGGUCUGCAGACUAA